AGUGGGUUUGGUUUGGGUUAUGGGGGUCACAGGUAUUCCAGAGCUCCAGGGGUCCCCAGUAUGGGUGAGGGCAUACUUUGGGGUGCUCGAAAUGUUAAACUUCAUGAAGUACCAGCCAAAUCUAGUUAGAUUUUGGCUUUCGGUUAUGAUUAUCAAAGCGUAAGCUGGUGAGGAACCAGGCAUAUAUCCUUCGUGGGCGGCACAUCAGGGACCUGAUGUAAGCCCCAUCACACUGCUUAAUCCUCUGCGGAAGGCCAGAUCCACCCAUUUCAGCUUAAAUGCCCAGUCUGAUGACAUACUGGUUUUCUCGGGCCUCGGUGACACUUUGUUGUGAGGCCCCUGGGGAGUUUGCAGUUGUUAGCUAUUCAAACCCGAAGUUCUGGUUUCUGCAGAUCUUGGCUUCUUGUAGUUCUCUUACUGCACAUUUAGCAUCUACUAACAAAAUCCCCGUAAAUGCUGCAGAAGGGAUGUUAGGGAUAUUUCAGAUGCGUAGACUUGCCAGAAGAUGGCACUUACCUUUUUUUCCACCCCUGACGCCCUCUGUUAAGUUCAAGUAGAACAUGUUUGUCCGUUGUUGAUGGAAUGGUCCAGGAGCUGGCAAUAGGAAUUCUUCCUCUCUUGAUGUCUUGCUCACCACCAGAAGAACUGCUCCUGUAGUCUCUCUGCAGUUUUCUCUAGAGGCCAAUGUAUGUAGAAAAAAGGUUCCUUCUCUGUAGGGAAGUGAAUGUUGAAAGUUGCAUCCUGACAGUUAAUGGAUAUUCAUGCUUAAGUAGAGUGUAAUACGUGAUAAAGUAGCCUAACGAGUUUAUCGUAAAACAACGAUAUAUAUCUACUACAUUUUUGACUUAAAAAAAUAACCCACAAAAAACCGAAGAAGCUAUUCAAGCCUGGAAACAAUACAGGUAUCUAGCGGGGAAAAGCUUGAAAGUUCUGCAAAUGAGAAAUAAACAUUGGCAGCUUGGAGUUUAAUUCAUAGCGUUAGGUCUGACAUUUUCACUUCAGUUUUAUUUUUCUUGAAUAAAAUCAGAAACUUAAUCGUUUAGGGUUAAUCGAAUAUAUCAUCUCCCAGAAUGUUAUUUUCAUUUCCUUCUGCAGCUUUAUCAGAGACUGGCAGAUAGGUGUCUGGCUGCAGCCCGGUGAUAACUCAUUUUCUGAUUGUUUUAUUACAUGAGUUCGCUCCCCGAUAAGAUAAUGUUCUUAACUCAAAGCAGUUUGAAGUGCUUUAAAACUUUGCUCUGUCUAAUGCUUUGUUGCUUUUACAGCUUAAAGUUUUUCAAGCCUGGCCAAGAAGCUGUGAAGUACCAGGGGCCCCGGGACUUCCAGGCGCUGGAGACCUGGAUGCUGCAGACACUGAAUGAGGAGCCCGCGACACCAGAGCCAGAAGUAGAACUGCCCAGAGCCCCUGAGCCGAAGCAGGGCCUGUAUGAGCUCUCAGCGAACAACUUUGAGCUGCACGUUGCACAAGGCAACCACUUUAUCAAGUUCUUUGCCCCAUGGUGUGGUCACUGCAAAGCUCUGGCUCCGACCUGGGAGCAGCUGGCUCUGGGCCUCGAACAUUCCGAAACUGUCAAGAUUGGCAAGGUCGAUUGUACACAGCACUACGAGCUCUGCUCUGGAAACCAAGUCCGAGGCUACCCGACUCUCCUCUGGUUCCGAGACGGCAAGAAGAUUGAUCAGUACAAAGGAAAGAGGGACUUGGAGGCCCUGAGGGAUUAUGUGGAGUCACAGCUGCAAGGCCCAGAGAGGGAGGCCGCGGAGACCAUUGAGCCUUUUGAGGCCCUAGAGCUGGCUGUGGAGCCUGCUGCAGACAAGGGCACUGUGCUGGCACUCACCGAGAGUAACUUCGACAACACUGUCGCAGAGGGAAUCACCUUCAUCAAGUUCUACGCCCCGUGGUGUGGCCAUUGUAAGAAUCUGGCUCCCACUUGGGAAAAACUCUCUAAGAAGGAAUUCCCUGGUUUGGCAGCGGUCAAGAUAGCCAAAGUGGACUGCACUGCCGAGCGGAAUAUCUGCAGCAGAUACUCGGUACGAGGCUACCCCACAUUGCUGCUUUUCCGAGCAGGGAAGAAAGUCAGCGAAUACAAUGGUGGUCGGGACCUGAAGUCUUUGUACCAGUUUGUCCUGCGUCAGGCAAAAGAUGAACUAUGAGAGCCCAGUGGGAUGUUGCCUCCGCUGCCUGGCUGCCUCUCCCCAGCGCACAAGAGUUAGAUCAUCCUGAUGUUGCAGGGUUUCAAAGCAGUGGUUCUUGGGAAAGCUGAAUGUACUAAACUUGUGGUAUCUUCUUUGUGUGUUUAAGCCAACACACUAUAAGGUUUCUUUAUUAACUUUCUCUAGUAAACGUGUAACUCAUGGUCACUGUGAAAACUAAAUAUUUUCAGUGGCAAUACAUCCCGUUUCACCUUCUCUUGAUGAAAUUUAAAUGGUUUCCUUUGAGACUAAAAUAGAGUUGAGGAAAAUCAAACUGCCAUACUAUUUUUGGCUUUGGAGCAAUUUUGGCAAAAGCGUCAUAGUUUUGAACUGCCCAUGAGUACCGGAAGGGUGGCCUGUGGCAGUACUGAUGUUCUUCUGACCUGAAGGUCACAAUUGGCUUAUUAAUAAAGGGGUUGGUCAGUAGCUUGGAACCCACACCUCUGGAAGAUACCCUUCACGCCCACUGCUGGAAUGUCUGCGUCUGUUGCGGCCUCUCUCCUCAGGAGAGGUCAGCCACGUGACAGCAGCGGUACUACAGACAUGUGCCUGAGUAAGAUAAUGCUGAUGCCAUAACUUCCUGUGUGUCUGUAUUUGUCAGAUCAGUUAUAAUUGUUCAAGGGAUACCUUUGUUUCUCAUGGGGUGGAAGAUUUCAUCAGUUAAUUAUGUUAACAUAAAGACAGAGUCCAGCUAGACUUUAAAAUGGGAUAGUCUUCCAUGGAAAAUGUGGACAUGGGACAUUCCACGAGGUUCGUGCUGACUAUUCUGUUAGCUCAUAAAAAAGACUCUGGUCACACCUGUCACCUGAGGCAACAGGAACAGAUGGACUCUCCCUUGGCCUUGGGCGUCCAGGGACCAGGGAGAGACUGCGGCCUUGCAGAGGGCCCUAACUGGAGGCAGUUUCAGACUUUGUUCUUUAAAGCACAAACAGUCCUUUUAGGGACUUGCUCUACACUGUCUGCUUUUGAGAAGGUUGACCUCAAGACCAAAGACUGAAUGGGGCAGGGCUGUCUUCCAGUCCGUGUUAGUGCCCUUCUAGCCUGUGCCAUACAGGUUAUUCCAUGUCUAAGGUCACCCUUGGAAGUAACCAACUAUAGGACUGAGAUCCCUUAGGAUAUGCAUGUGUGUUAUUCACCAUCAGGUUAUUUCCUAAGAUAACCACCUUGUGUCUGACACCCUUCAUCCUACCCCCAUGCACAGGGUGACGCUGUCAUUUGGCCCAAAGUAACUGGUGGUGGGACUCUCAGAAACGAGACCACGCAUACUGUCCAAGGCAGAAGAUCACAGAACAACAUCUCUACUAGCCUCUGCCUUACAGGAAGCCUUUAUUAAUCAUGUACGGCUCACGGGUGUCCUUUAAAAAUCCCAACUUCCUCGAGAAGCACACAGUUCUCACGAGGGACUUCAGCUCGGUGUCAUGAGUCUUGUAUUAAGAGAAAAUCAGAGUGGUACAAUUUGUUUACACGAUGAUACUUUCUAAAUAAACUCUUUUUUUUUUAAAAAGUCUAGUCUCUCCUUAAAUGUUACAGCAACACACAUAUAAAAUAGACAAUAAAUUAUAGUUUAUAUUUACAAAAAAAGGCUGUAAGUGCAAACA